AUGGAUGACGUUUUAGACGAAGUUGUUUCAUCAGAAGACUUGGAAAAGUUCGAGAAAGUUUUCCACGAGCAGUUGCAUCAAGGAAAUGUUACACACAAAGCGCAAUUUGAGUAUGCUUGGUGUCUUGUACGAAGCAAAUAUGCCACCGAUAUAAGGAAGGGAAUUCUUCUGUUAAAAGAAUUAUUCAACUCCCAUGCUGAGGGCAAAAGGGACUAUCUGUUCUACCUUGCUAUAGGCAAUGCACGGAUCAAGGAAUACAAUAAAGCUCUGCAUUAUAUCAAGAGGUUCCUAGAGAUUGAACCGACCAACCAGCAAGUAUUGGCACUUGAGCGACAGAUAAACAAGCGUAUGGAGACAGAGGGUCUGGUGGGGAUGGCGGUGGCUGGAGGAGCUGUGUUGGCCCUUGGAGGACUCGUGGGGCUCGGCAUAGCGCUCGCCUCCAGGAAAUAA